AACAUCCUCGAUGAACCAAAAGUGUCCCAGUGGAUGGAAUCAGAAACCUCGUCACUUCUCUGCCUCGAAGGGUUUUCCACGGGAGAAUUUCUCAACUGGACCAGCGAAUUCGCUCUUGACGUGGUCCAUGCGGCUCAAGAGCGAGGAUACGUCGUUCUUCAUCACUUCUGCGACUUGCUGGACCCUAUCCGGGCUAAAUUAUUAGAAGAUGCCCGAGGAGCUAUGGCAACAAGCACCAUAUUGAGAUGCUUUCUGUGCUUAAUUCGAUCGCAAUACAUGGCGCACAUCGAUUCCAGCUAUUCCGCUGAAAUCACAGACCUCAAUGACGCGGCUUUAGCUGCUCUUUCCGGCAAGGCGCUCAAAGACCGCUUCAGAAGUUUCAUAGAAAGCUUCAAGCCUGGCAUAAUUCUCUACGUCGUUAUCGACAGUGUCCAAUUGCUUGACGAAUAUGCGAACGGAAACACCGACCGCAUCAAGAAAUGGUUGAUGAGCAUUACAAAGUUAGUCGAAUACGACAAGAUUAUCGUGAAGGUUCUUUUCACAUCGAUAAAGUCAACCACUAGCUCUAUCGACUUCUUCGAGCACUGGGAAAACAAUGCCAACUCUAGCUCUUCUCCUGCUGCUGAUAAGCAACUAACCCGCGAUGAUACUUUUCCGCACCAAGUCUUACGGAUUGUGGACGACAAGAAGAGUGGCACGAACCAGGCUUCUGCCAGGCGGCAGGGGACACCGUCUAAACCGAUUAUACCUAAGCAGCCUUCAUCCGUAGAAUGAUGAGGCGACGAUGCAAUUUCAACGAA